AUGAAAUCCAAGUGCUGGGUAGGUAAAUGUCGAAUCAGCCAGGAGCGCCUUGCCGAUAAUGACAGUAAGACGUAUCUGACGACCCCAAGCAUUCACCGGACUGGUAACUGGUGCUGCUAUAUGGGCGAUUUGGGGCGGAGAUAUGUUUCCUGCACAGCCGGAUCCUACAGGAGACCCGGAAAACUGGACCAGGGAAGAGCUGAGGCGCUGGCUUGCGGCGCGUGCCAGCCCACAUCGUGCUAA